GGUGCGCUGUGUCCCUUGGACACAGUGGAUCACCGAUCAAUGGAAAGAGCCGAAGAUGUCGGCUCGGUCAUGUGAUCAGCUGUGUCCAAUCACAGCUGAUCACAUAAGGGACAUGUACACUGAUCAUCAGGGCACUGAUGAUCAGUCCCAAGCAGUGCCAGCUGUCAGUGUCCAUCAGUGCCAGCUGUCAGUGCUCAUCCAUGCCACCUGCCAGUGCCCAUCAGUGUCACAUCAAUGCCACAUAUCAGUGCCUACCAGUGCACAUCAAUGCCACAUAUCAGUGCCCAUCUGAGCUGCCUUUCAGUGUCACCUAUCAGUGCCAGUCAGUGCCACCUAUCAAUGCCAGUCAGUGUCGCCUAUCAGUGUGCAUCAGUGCUGCCUAUCAGUGCCACCUGUCAGUCCCAUAUAUGAGUGCUGCCUUUCAGUGACCAUCAGUGAUGCCUGUCAAUGCCCAUCAGUGCCACCUACCAGUGCCUCAUCAUUAGUG